AGAACCGGGAAGUCCAUGUCGAGAAUUAAAAUAAAGAAAUCAUGCUUUAUGUUAUAAUAUUUAUUUAUUAAACACGUGGUAUUGGUAAAGACGACUAAGAAGCACGUGUAAGGAGCAAAACUCAACGUGUCGCUUAUGAUAAGGACAUUUGGCGGACAUGCAUGUUUGACUUAAAUAAACUGAUCUCUGUAUUCUGAAAUUUGGACUAUGUUUGUUUAUAUAUAUAUAUAUAUAUAUUGAGGAGUGUGCGAUCGAUGUUUAUAUAUGGACUUUUUAUUAAUAUUUAUUUCGUUUUCAGAAGCCUAAGGAGAGAUGGUGGUGAAGUUGAUACGAGGGAAUAAACAAAAACCAAACUCCAAAUAAUGAAUACCACAGCGAUCGAAUAAGACGGCAUUAGAAAAAUCACUUUAAUAACAUGAAAGUUGUAAUUAGGAGGAGACUCCUAGGUCUCUAGAACAAUAUUAUAUAUACAUAUAUAUAUAUAUAUAUAUAUAAAUUUGCUAUAAGUCUAUAUGAUGGGAUUUUAGGUGUUUGAGAUGUUAAAACAAAUAGUUUUUGGUAAUUGAAAGAGGCUGGUACGAAAAGGUGGGAUUCGAUGAUUUUUUGGGUCUGAUGGAGUAUAUAUACAGGAGGUAACAAAUAGGUAAAGUGGCCGACUCUAUUGCUUUGUUUUUCUCUCACAUACAAAAACAUAUGUAUAGCUGGUUAAACUCGAUUUCUCAACAAAAGACUUAAACUACCGACUUUAACAUGUGGCGUACAUUCUUUCUCUAGAAAUGUUUUUUCUUAAUUUUUUAUUCAAGAUAUUUCUAGAUAUAACCUUUUUUUUUAUUAUUUUGAAAUAAUUUCUAGAUAUAUCCUUCUAGUUAAUUGUAGCCUAUAAAAUAUUAGUUUAUAAUCUUCUAGUUAUUUCUAGUUUAGGAAAUAUUAGUUUAUUGUCUUCUAGUUAUUUUUGAAAAAAUGCACAUCACUUUUAUCACUAUGACUAGUAACGGCAUCUAUAUGAUGCUGGAAAUAGUAUCCAAUUGUAUGUAAUUUAAAGGUAAAUUAAACUAUAUAUGACAUUUUAAGUUUACAUACAAUAUUUUAUAAAUUAGUAACUGGAUGCGUUCCUAACAAAAAUAUGAUUGUCGACGGAUUCAAAUAACAAAAAAAAAAAAAAAAAUUAUGAUUGCCGAUGGUCGUUAUAGCGGAGUUAUAUGCAUAAAAGCUCUAGGAACCAUGCAAAAACUACUGGUAGUAAGAUGAUCUUGGAAUUGACAAGCUCUGAAAGUUUCAGAAAAGGGGCAUAAAGCCGGUAUCUGUAUUUUUAAUCAAUUGCAAAAUUCUUGGUCAGAACGUUGUCUCUUUUUAAUAAGUUUGGUAUUUCAUUUUCUCUCUUUUGCUAGAAGAAAAGUUUUUGAGACUCUACAACAUAUCUAUAUGUAUAACGGUGCUUAAAUUUAUUACCUAAACAUCCAUGGUUUUUUUUCAUAUUUCUAGCUAGCUAUACCUUCUAUACAGCUAGCACCUUCUUCGUAGACAGCAAAGAAAGAGAGAGAUCCAUAGAGAGAGAGUCAUGGUUGAUUUGUCCCAUAGGAGUUUGAGUGUUCUGAUGCUUCCAUGGUUAGCUCAUGGUCAUAUAUUACCAUAUCUAGAGCUAGCCAAGAGGCUCACUCGCAGAAACUUCCACAUCUAUUUCUGUUCCACCCCUGUAAAUCUCAACUCCAUUAAACCAAAGCUUUUCUAUGCAAACUCAAGCUACUUCAAUUCUAUACAACUAGUGGAGCUACAUCUUCCUUCAUUUCCUGAGCUUCCUCCUCAUUACCACACAACCAAAGGGCUUCCACAACAUCUCAUGCCCUUACUUGGAAAAGCCUCUAACAUGUCUAAGCCUAAUAUCACAUAUAUCAUUGAAACCCUUAAGCCAGAUAUGGUAAUUUUUGAUUACCAUGUACAUAAUUGGCUGCCAAGAUUAGCUUUUUCUCUUAAUAUUCAUGCCAUUUCCUUUAUAACUAAUGGAGCGGCAAGUAUCACUUUUGUGUAUCAUUAUAUGAAGAACAAAGAUGAAGAAUUCCCAUUUUCUGAACUUUGUACUGAUGAUUUGAAAGAAAAGUUGGCCCAAAUGAGUUUAACAUCUUCAAGUGAUCAUGAUCCGUCUGAACAACACGAAGAAGGUGAAGAAAUUGUCGAACUGAAUAGACAGUCUUUUGGUACGGUAUUGGUAAAGUCUUUUAGGGAGCUUGAGGGGAAAUAUAUGGAUUAUCUCUAUGCUUCUUUUGGCAUAAAGAUUAUCCCAGUUGGUCCUCUGGUUCCAGACCCUAAUGAUGAUGAUGAUGAUGAGGGCAUGAACAUCAUCUACUGGUUGAAUAAGAAAGAGGAGUCGUCAACCGUGUUCGUUUCGUUUGGAAGUGAGUGUUAUUUGUCAAAGGAAGAUAUGGAGGAGAUGGCUCAUGGACUAGAGCUUAGCAAUGUGAAUUUUAUAUGGGUUGUUAGGUUUCCAGAAGGAGAGAAAGUGAAGCUUGAAGACGCUCUUCCAACAGGGUUUUCAGAAAAGGUAAGAGAAAAAGGAAUAGUUGUUGAAAGUUGGGCACCCCAAAUAAAGAUUCUAAGCCAUUCAAGCAUUGGAGGGUUUCUGAGUCAUUGUGGAUGGAGUUCAAUGAUGGAGAGCAUAAAAUUUGGAGUUCCAAUCAUAGCAAUGCCAAUGCAACUUGAUCAACCAUGGAAUGCUAGAGUCGUAGUUUCUUCUGGGGUUGGUUUAGAGGUUAAGAGGAGCAAUAACAAAGGGAUUGAGAGGGAAAAUGUGGCAAAAGUGAUCAGAGAAGUGGUGGUGGAAAAAAAUGGGGAGGAUAUUAGGAGGAAAGCCAAAAAAAUGAGUGACAGAUUGAAAAGAAAAGUUGAGGAAGAGAUAUUGGAUGAGGUGGAAAAAGAAUUAUUACAAAUUUGUGGAAUGUAAUUCAAUGCACCUUCAAGACCAUCCAACACAAAAAAUUGUAAAUAAUCCAACGUUAAGCAAGGUUUACUUUUCCAGAUCACAUGUAUUUAUUUGUGUUGAUUGCUAAAAUUUCUGUAGCACAGAAUUAUAAAUUCAAUGUUUUUGGUUGAGAAAAAGUCACAACUAAUGUAUGCUAACUUUUUUGUUUUUUUUUUUUUUUUUUGUGGGUAAAUAUGUAUGCUAACACUUGAAUGCUCUGGAAUCUAUAUUUGAGGUGCACGAUCCUCCUCAACAAACAAUCCCUAGUCUCAUUUUUGCCUCUGUAUUGUCCAGAACAAAAUAUGGAGAAGCUCAUGGGCUUAGAAGAACUUUGCAACAUGGAUUUUAACACAUAAAUGUAAGAGACAUUGAAGCUACAAGAAGCUUUCUUGGAGGACCCAGCUAGGAAAUUG